AUGGCCCACCCAGGGGACUGCAAGCACAUGCCAUGGCUCCCUGUCCUGGUGGUGUCUCUGAUGUGCUCGGCCAGAGCAGAAUAUUCCAACUGCGGUGAGAAUGAGUAUUACAACCAGACCACUGGACUGUGCCAUGAGUGCCCCCCUUGUGGGCCAGGGGAAGAGCCCUACCUGUCCUGCGGGUACGGCACCAAGGAUGAAGACUACGGCUGUGUGCCCUGCCCAGCGGAGAAGUUUUCCAAGGGAGGCUACCAAAUCUGCAGACGCCACAAAGACUGUGAAGGCUUCUUCCGGGCCACUGUGCUUACGCCGGGGGACAUGGAGAAUGAUGCUGAGUGCGGGCCUUGUCUCCCUGGCUACUAUAUGUUGGAAAACAGACCCAGGAACAUUUACGGCAUGGUCUGCUACUCCUGCCUCCUGGCGCCCCCCAACACCAAGGAAUGUGUGAGAGCCACCUCUGGAGUCUCUGCCAACCACCCUGGCACAUCUGGAAGUAGCACUCUCUCUCCCUCCCAGCAUGCCCACAAAGCAGAGUUCUCAGGCCAAGGACACCUGGCCACGGCCCUGAUCAUUGCCAUGUCUACCAUCUUCAUCAUGGCCAUCGCCAUUGUCCUCAUCAUCAUGUUCUACAUCAUGAAGACAAAACCUUCUGCCCCAGCCUGCUGCACCAGUCAUCCAGUGAAGAGUGUAGAAGCUCAAGUUAGCAAAGAAGAGGAGAAGAAAGAGAGCCAAGACAAUGUCGUCAUUUUCUCUGAAAAGGAUGAAUUUGAGAAGCUCACAGCAACUCCAGCAAAGACAGCUAAAAGCGAGAACGAUGCUUCCUCUGAGAAUGAGCAGCUGCUAAGCCGGAGCAUAGACAGCGACGAGGAGCCGCCCACUGACAAGCAAGGCUCCCCGGAGCUGUGCCUGCUCUCCCUGGUCCAUCUGGCCAGGGAGAAGCCAGCCGCCGCCAAGUCAGCAGGGAUUCAAAGUCGAAGGAAAAAGAUACUGGAUGUAUAUGCCAACGUGUGUAGCGUGGUUGAAGGCCUAAGCCCCACAGAGCUUCCAUUCGACUGCUUGGAGAAGACAAGCCGAAUGCUCAGUUCCACAUACAACUCUGAGAAGGCCAUUGUGAAAACAUGGCGUCACCUUGCUGAGAGUUUUGGACUUAAGAGGGAUGAGAUUGGGGGCAUGACUGAUGGCAUGCAGCUAUUUGACCGUAUUAGCACAGCUGGCUACAGCAUCCCAGAACUGCUCACAAAACUGGUGCAAAUUGAGCGGCUGGAUGCUGUGGAGUCCUUGUGUGCAGAUAUAUUGGAGUGGGUGGGUGCUGGGCCACCUGCCUCCCCACCACCCACCACAUCCUGA